AUAUCAGGAGCAUCCCACAUUUUGACACACGAACAGUCCACAUUUUGACACACCAGUACAAAUAGUCAAUAUGUGCAACAUUCUAACAUAUUAUUUAUUGCCUUUGUAGAGAUCUAUGAAGCAUGUUACCAACGAUAAACAUUGGUUUAUUUGUGGUUAGUGUUUUUGUGGCAUUGUGUGACGGACAGCAUCCAAAUAUUGUCUUUAUUGUGGCUGACGACCUAGGUUGGAAUGAUCUGGGCUUCCGAAAUAAACAUGUUAUAUCACCAAACAUUGACAAACUGGCAGGAAUGGGUAUGAUUCUGGACCAAUCAUAUGUUCAACCAGUCUGUACCCCAUCAAGAACUGCGUUCAUGACAGGGGUGUAUCCAUUUAAAGUUGGGCAGCAGCAUUUGGCGAUGUUGCCAGGGCAACCGUCUUGUGCUGCCAUGGACAAAGUGACACUGCCACAAAAACUAAAAGAAAAUGGAUAUAGUACACACAUGCUUGGAAAGUGGCAUCUUGGUUUCUGUAAAUGGGAAUGUACACCAACAUACCGAGGAUUUGACAGUUUUUAUGGCUACUACAAUGGCCAGGUUGAUUACUAUAAUUAUACUAUUGGGAAUGGGGUCGAUUUUCGUGACAAUAAACAGCCAAUAAGGCCUACAGAAUAUUCAACAUUUGAAUACGCCAAGCGUGCGGAUGAAAUACUGAGAACGCACAACACGAGUCAACCCUUAUUUCUGUAUUAUGCUUUCCAGUCUGUGCACGAACCAAUAGAGGUUCCUAAGUCGUACGAAGAUAAAUACAGUUGGAUUAAAAAUGAAGGCAGAAGGAAAUAUUUAGGAAUGGUAACCGCAUUAGAUGAUGCCAUAGGCAAUUUGACUGAAUCUCUAAAGCAAGCCGGUCUUUUUGACAACACACUUAUUAUCUUUUCUGCCGAUAAUGGUGGCUGGCCUCAGUUUUUUGGCAACAAUUAUCCCUUGAGAGGAUCGAAGAUUUCAGUAUAUGAAGGAGGCACUAGAGCUUCAGCUUUUGUGUCUGGAAAAGGAAUAAAAAAUCCUGGCACUACAUAUAAAGGAUUAAUGCAUGCAGUUGAUUGGAUGCCAACAAUUUUGUCUGCAGCUGGUGCACAACAGGUCAGUUCUAUUGAUGGAGUUGACAUGUGGGAUAGUCUUCAAAAUAACAACCCCUCGAAACGAACAGAAUUUAUAUACAAUCUAGACGACAAAAUUCCAGAAUUAACAGGACAUGCAGCCAUAAGAAUGGGUGACUAUAAACUAAUUGAGGGUAACGCCGGACUUUAUCAUGGAUGGUAUCCUCCACCGGAAGAUGAAUCCAUUCCAGAUACAGAUCAAGUCAACGAAAUUCCCUUUGUUCCACAACUGUAUAAUCUCAAAGAUGAUCCUAAUGAACACAAUAAUUUGUAUUGGAAAGAAGGAGAAAUAUAUAAAAAGCUAAAAUCCCGAAUGGAGGAAUACAAAAAGGAUAUGGUACCUGCCGUUUAUCCAGGAAACGAUCAGAAGAGUGCACCUAGUAAUUAUGGUGGUUAUUGGACACCUGGUUGGUGUUAGUUAUUCCGUGCACUCGAUAUUACGAUGACAUUGACGUGACAUUUAUUUUUUAGAUGACUUUAACAUUUUGAUAAUUUUAUUGAUUCUUGUUUUGAAUGUUUUGUUUUACUUUUAUAAAUCGGUUUCAUGUUA